AGGAACCACUGAUUUCAUCGAUGGUGUUGAAUAUUGUACUGUCGUCGCCGUGGUUUAGCCAGAAAUCGUGAAACGUGGUCCGAUUAGUUUACGUGUUCAAGGUACCGCGGCAAUUACUUUUAGUGUGUUACGAAUAAGUGUGUACCAGAGCCAAGGAUCAUUCACGUUACUUCUCACUCUUUUCUGUUAUGCCUCCCCACUCUCCCAUGUUGAUUCAAGGGGUCUGCGCUCAGAACUUCUUUGUGUUUGCGGAUUUGUACCAGAACAAAAACGAACCAACUGUUUUCCUUUCUCUUUUUUCGGUUGUCAGUGAUAUGAUCGAGUUUUUUUACUUUUUUGUCGGCCGUUCUCAGACAGUUUUAUCCCAUGACGUGGAGAAUGCAUGACACCACCUUUGCGGUACUGGCGUUUUGUCGCAGGCGCCCCUUGGAAUUUUUGCGUCUCUCGUGUGUAAAAGAUUCUCCUCGAGUUAUCACGAAACCAGAAUUGUUUAACAGAUCAUUUUAGGCGAUGUUCUCCGGGGCGUCGAUUUCAGGGCGAAGAGCAGGGCAACGUCAAGAAACCACUCUUUCCUCUUCUCUGGGAACAGAGUUCAGAUUGCUUGCACCGGCUGUGCUCAUUUACCAAAUACACAAUUCUAGACAGGCUAAAAGGGAAACGAACAGAAACAGGUAGUUGUCUUUGCUGCCGAUUUUACAGGCGUCAACAAAACGAGUUGAGUUCGAAGGUUUGCCUUGCUCGCGAGAAGCCGGCAACGUUUGAGAUGGGGGCGUUUCUUGCUCGUGGGUUCCUUUCUCUGAUAUAUAUGCAUGUAUUCUCUCUUGAACGCUGUCGACGCGUGAAGCGGCAGCGUCCGUGAAGGGACUGCGUUUCCGCCAGUGUUUCUUUAAUGAAUACAAAGCUCAUGAAACAAGUUUCUGAGGGGCUUUUUAUCAUCACAACUUGUCCUGGAUGUGCGGCUCGCUGCACAGCUGGUCCCUCUUCCUUGACUUUGGUUCGAUCCAGCUUUUGGGCAAGAAAAUAUGUUUUGCGUCCUCUGUAUCUCUCCUCAGUUGCCUUCUCUUUCUUCCUCUUUAGAGUAAGUAUUCUCUGAGUGCUGAGCGUUGUUUUAACCUCUCUUCAUUUCCGGGAUGUUCUGCUCCAAACACCGGAAAACGUCAGCAACUUCAGGGGGACACACUGGCGGCAACUGGGCCUUCACGCACCGGCACCCACGAACCUCAGUAGUAACAAGAGAGGCUAUGAACUCUCCCAUCACAUCGAACAGGACAGGAUGCAGACGGUGGCUGCAUUUUCACGCGAGUUGUUUUCCUUUAUGCAGCAGCUCAAGUCAUCUGAAGGUGAAAAAAAACCGCAAAGCCGAAGCCUUGAAAAAAAACGGCGCGUGUGUUACACAGGAGAACCAAGGAAAGCUAGACUGCGACGAUGACCAAGGAAAAGUGUCACCGUCUGUUGCAGCGUCGGAUUUUCUGAUGCCCACCCCGUUCAGACCCGAGAGGCCCUCUGUCCCAAACGAUGUUGUUUUGCCUGGUUCGCCCGAACAGGCGAAAGUUAACAGACACACAAAGGAGGUGCAGAACAAGGAUAGGCCAAACGGAAUAGACAAGGACCAUCGGGAGACGUUCGCUGUCUUAAAGUGGAGAUCAGAGGCAAAAAGACAGCCUCGAGAUCGUGCAGCUGUACAGGGGAAAAACGGGGCCAAAGCCAAGUUCAGAGAUCUUGCUUUCCUCCCUGCUGUAGAUUUCCCGUUUUUCUUCGGUUUGUUGAGCGAGUGUGACACUCACCUACAGCAGAAGACGGAUCUUCGAGGUGAAAGCAGUGACACUGGAUUAGCAAAAGAGCGGAAAUGUGCGUCAGUCCCUGUAACAAGCUUUCCAACAGGAAAGUCUGGGUCAGGCAGGAGUUCUCCAGUAAAUAUCCCAGUCGGUGAACUGCGAACUAAGGACAGGAAUACAGAGGCAAUUACAUGUCGUUUGAGCGAGUUUGGACCCCGGAAGCUCUCCAGCAUAAAACGCCAGUGGGUUUCCUACGGUAAAAACGGAGACUGUUUCGUAGAAAACAGGAUCAACUACGCACGCGAAUACAAGCAGGAGAGCAUAAGCGAUGAAGAUUCGUUUGUUUCUGGGGAGAAACCAUGUAGUGAGAAUCAAACUGGCCCUUCAGCAGGAAGUGAAAGAGAUGAGGGUGGAUUUCGGGACCCAAUGAACACGAGCAUCUUUGACCUUCCUGGCUCUGUAGAGGAAUGCUUUCUUCCCAGUCCUGUUCUCCAGGAGAGCUCUCGGUUUUGCCGCACACUAUUUGACAUACCGACAGAAGACUUGCAGUCUCCAAGAGCGGGAGAAGAUGUCGAUUCCGCAUCGCGAGUCCAGCCUCUGGAAUGCCAGAAAACUGCUGUGAGUGAAGGGUCUGUAGAGAAUGUCACGGGGGAGUUCGGAAAACAAGCAAUAUGCUCAUUUUCUGCGUUGCUGGUGGAGGAGAGAGAGCGACAAGGCGCCACUUCUCUUCUGGAACGAGACGAGAGACCGAAGGGGACGAAACGCCGAACAACGAGAAGGAUGGUGAGAAAAAGGUCUAAAGAAGUUGCCAGCAGAAGAGACGGCCGGAUUGGAUGCGUUUGCAAGAAGCGACGCCCAUGCGGUCGAUGUGGUGAGCACGUUAUGAAAAAAAACAUGAGUAGAGAAAGACAGGCGGAAAACAACUGGCGUACCUCGAUAAGGACGCCUUUCUGGUCGGAAGACGCCGUGCUGCAGGAAGGAAAUAGUUCUUCCACCUCAGCCAGUUAUGGAUGCACUUCUCAGAACGGUACCAUGAGUUUCACUUGCAUUUCUCGGUCUUCCUCUUUCUCGAGCAGACACACCCAAAUCCACCCCUCCCUGGAAACCCCUGAGGGCCUCAGUGGGUCGGCUCAAUACAGGUUGACCAAGUCGAUGCUGUCCCGUAAUCUAACUUUACUCUCUUCGCCAGAGAAAGGGAACUGUCCCAAACCUACUGAUUUAGAAGACGAUGCACACGCGCCGUUGUCACCUUCGUUUUGCGUCUUCGUGUCUCCCGAAGACACGACAGGUGCCGAAGAGGGCGAAGCACAACGACCGUUGUUUUGUCAAGAAGCGUCAGCUUUCACGACAUUUGCAGCAACCGAGUCCGGCAGAGCUUCAGAAAACGACAUUCUGCAGUACUUUCACAACAACGCCGAGAGGGUCAGUAGCUCGGGAACCAAACGUAUGGAUCAGGACGAGGAGUCUCCCGUAGGUGAAGACAAGAAAAUACCAUCAGUGUUCCAUGAAAGCGCUCACGGUGAGGCGCCGGACUGCCGCCAUAUUCUUCGACAAAACAGUUCGGCUUCCGACGCCAGAGAUGAAUCACCGGGAAGUAGUCGCGUUUUGAAGGGGGUUGAAAGCGUUUCUGGCUCUGUGGAGGCAGAUACAAGGUGUGACAGCGAAAAUUCAAGUUCCUGUAAGAACGCACGGAUAGAGGGUGUUACUCCUCCCAGGGAGGUAGUCCGAGAAAGGCGAAGGCGAACCAAACGAAGAAGAGUCUCCUUGACAACCGUUUCCAGACUGCCUCCGCUCUUACUAGAUACUUCAUCUCUUCGUGAGAAGAGCGGACUGAAAGAAAAACAGUCUGUAUGUACAAACCACCGUAGGUAUCGAUCUGCACCUGAAUCGAUUUGUUCGGCCGAGGAAUUCAUAUGCUCUAACCUACUGUCUGAACCCUCUCCCCCAAACGGUGAAAACGUUACGUUGGAGAUGGGAGAGGCCGAAACUGCGGUGGAACUUUCAUCACAGCCGGAAACACUCCGUUCUGCCAGCAGGAGCCUUUCGCACUCACCAGGAGGGGAAAAAGAUGAGCACCAGUGGUCAGAGACGGAGAGAUUUCUGUCUGUCGUUGGAGAAGGGAUUGUGAAUAUCCUCGGAAGAGGUGCAGAUACACUCCAAAACAUACUCUCAGAAAAAGCGCUGCAGCACUGGGCAGGGGACGCUGCAAGUGUGACCUCUGAGACCAGCUUGGAGGAAGGGAGAGCUCAAGGUGAAUCCUGUACGGAAAAAAGGAGGCGAAAACGACCGCUACCGGACUUUCCUUGUUCUUUACCGUUUUCCUGCAACAAAGGUGCAACAUGUUCGUUCUCAUCGUUCUCCGCAUCUGUCAGACAAGUUUGUACGCAAGAAGGCAUUUGGAGAGAAUGCAGCAGACGCCUCCAGCACCGAAGAGACGGAACGGAUACGAGCCCGGUGUGUUCUACCAUUGAAAGAAACGAAGGACAAACAGAUGCGAUAGUAGAUCAUCUUCGCCAACCCAUUCAACAUCGGGAAUGUACCGCGCUGCAGGUGGCUCCGAUAACGGAUCAAGAGAACUCUUCCCCAUCUGUUUCCAGUUACCUUGCCCCAAAGAAAAAGCUAGCAAUGUUGCAACGCCCUUCCUCUUCCUUUUUCGUUUUUCCGUAUUCUUCCCCUGAGAAACUGCCGACUUGUUUCUCCCCUCUACAAGCAGUGUCACCUUCCUUUGGUUUCAUGCCCUGUGACUUACCCAGAACAGGACACCCCGACGCAAUUCGCUUUUGCUCUUUUCCGUCUUACUCUCCUAGGCCCACCUGUGGCAAAUCCUCGGAUAGAUCUGCGUGCCAUCCUUCCGUUGCUCUCCCGCGGCAAUCCCCCCGGGAAAAUUUUCAGCAAAGGGGAGAGCUGCUCCGCAGCGCUUUUCGCCAUGUACGCAGAAUAUCCAGUUUGCCAAAAAGACGGACAACGGCGGCGAAUGGCCAAGGACUGAAACCUGAUCCUGUUAAGCGGGGUGGUUCCUCGGAGUUCUCCAGUCGUUCAUGGCCUGCAGACACAACGAAAUCACGUUUCAGUGGCCCGCAUGUAAGCCGCGUGGCGUCGUCACCAAGUCUAGUCGCAGUGGACAGUAAUAAACCGCGAGCAAAGAAAGAAAAAACCUACAAAUUGGAAACCUCCUCGUCAUUUGAAAAACUCGAUGCAGGUCAAGAUAGCUGUACGUUCCCUGCGUUUCGCGGCCAGAGGUAUGUGAAUUGCCGUUCGACACUUCGUUCCCCUGGAAUCAAGGGGUUUCCCCCGUCUCUGUCUACAUCUUCUUGCGUUUCCUUUUCUUCCCUUGCUGCUGCUUCUCCAUUUAGCUCGAUACCGGACUCAACCACAUUCAGCAAGGCCCCUGGUGCUCCCCUCUUCUGUGCGCCCUUCCAUCUCCAAACGUGGCUGUCCGGGGGAAGACCGAUGAAACAAAAAUGCAAGAGACACAAGCCUCUAUGGGCAUUUCCUUGCUCUCGACCAAUUCCCUGCUCGAGUGUCGCCCUCUUGAACAGAGGGUAUACCACCGCAGGGUCGAUAACUGCAAAUGGAUAUAGAAGGGCGAGGCCGCAUCCGCCUGCUCCUAUUUUUCUCCAGCGAAUACGAAAAUCUAUCAUGGAUAAGGAACUCUGGAGCCCCAGAAAAGUAAUACCCAUGUCGCCUUUGCUGCUUCCUCAAUUGAAUGCGGGACUACAGCCGAUACAUCAACCUCUCUCUUCUUCCCCAUCCCCUGCAUCAGUACCAUCUGGAAUGCUUCGCACGCGAGGGAUAUCUACCGACUUGGCACCACAACGCCGGGGAAUUAUCGCUUGCAGAAGAAUAGAGCCCAUCUGCAUAAUUCAAGAGUCAAAAAACAUGCAUCACUAACUAUUAGAUUGGAACCCGUUUUCAAAAGUCCAGACAGCCCCUCGGCUCUUUCGACACGUUGAUGUGAUACCCUUUUGUCAACGAACCACGGGAUUUUCGCACUGUUUUGCUCCUAUCGUGCUCACCCGAGAGGUCUAACAGAAGACAGAGAAACAAGCGGAAUGGUCACCGAACACCUAUGAGGAAGUUCAACCAUGUGGACAAGUAUAGCCCCAGAAAAAUGAAUAGGAACCCUGUUAUUUUUCAUCAGAUUCCUUUUGCCAACGGGGGGAAACGAGAUGUCAACAAGGGAAAGCGAUAAACUCACAAAGCAAGAACAUAUUCGCGUUCCACCGGCAUUUAGAACCAAUCUUCGUUCACACGCGGACGUGGAAGUACUGACGGUGGGACACGAACGUUUAGACGAACACAGCCUUUUCCUCGUCACAGUAACUUGACUUUUUCACAUGUUGUAUCAGGCAGUUACCGUAGCUCAAGUGCAUGUUCACCCUGGUCGUUCUUUGCCGUGAAAACUUCAAUGGAGAUGUUCAGGGAGCAUGCGGAUUUCUCGACAUAAGGAAGUGAUAGUGUUACGAGGGACAGUACGCCAGUCUGUCGUAGCGGGCUGGUCAAUUUUCCUGCAGUACUGGGUACGCAUUUCGACCCAAGCAGAAUCGUUGCUUUUCUGCUCGAUUUCUCUACGUGCGACAGCGAAUUCGCAACCUGAAACGACAGAGGAGAUGGGAGGGUGAAGGAAAAUUUGCUAGCCAGAUUGUUCUUCUCACCAUGGCGAGAUGGUGCGAUUGUUUUGUUCGUUGUACAUUUGGGAAUAAGCAUUGCUCGUGAGUGAGAUGCCUUUGUAUCGAAGUCGUCCUUGUGGCUACGAUGUCCUUUCUUUCUCUCGUGCCUUCAUAUUUACAUGUACAAGGUACAAGAAAGAGGACUGUUGGCGUGCAUCAACCUUCAUGUUCGCUAGUUCCGUUCAACGCAUGUGGAGUGCGUGCACAAGUUUGUCUUUGCAUAUUAGGCAUAGGUAGGUUGAUGAUGCAGAUGUCUGGAAUGUAGACACAGUAUCCUUAUGCAAACGUAUUGGCGUUACCGAAAAGUCAUCCGCGUAGAUAUCACGAACAUGGUGACAUUGGAACAGAGAAGUUCUGGGAAGUCUAUAUUUUCUUAGUAUAUAUUCGACCUAACUCCCUGAGGCGAGCGAGUGCGUUCUCCCACAGGAAGGCCCCGCGAAGCCUAACCAAUGUGUGCAUACCGAGAGGUAUUUGCUCAGCAAACGAGAAUGAAAUGCGACUACGAAGGAUUGCCAACUAUUCGGUGGCGUUUGAGCGAUCGAACUGACGAAGAGUUUCAGGGUCACCAUAAAUACACUGGAUUGUUU